UCCUAAGAGCCGUGGGGUUUAAAAGGGGUGACCGGAAGUGAUCGUAGAACUGACCGGAAGCGGGGCCUGGAGGGACUAGAGCGGGUCCCCAGAGGGAGGGGGCUUCUCUCGGAAGGGGCGGGGGAAGGUGCGGGCUGGGCUGGGCGCGCGGGGCGGGUGCUUUCGCCCCCGUGGGUCGGUCUGGAGGCUGCGAUCUGCUGCCGGGAGCGACGGGGACGGAGCCCGAGGAGGGGGAGUGCGGGAGCCCAGCUGCCUCUGGGAAGUCUGGAAGAGUUGAGCUUAGGGGCCCUCACGCUCCAGAGGGCAGGGGAGCGGGGGCUUUGGAAGCCAUAGCAGCUACGAGAGGAGCCCGGGACACGGGCGAUUAUUCGUUGUGCGGCCAGUGCAGGUCGCGCUUGUGGGUGGCUGGUGGCGACUGUGUGGGCUUGGUUUGGAGUUUUGGACACUCUUACCCCUGUGGGAUAGAAUUACGCUCCGCGCCUUUGUACCUGGAACGGUGUCUCCUGGAGCAAGGAACGAGCCAGGAUGGCUUGGGCUCUGAAGCUGCCUCUGGCCGAUGAAGUGAUCGAAUCCGGGCUGGUUCAGGACUUUGAUGCCAGCCUGUCCGGGAUCGGCCAGGAGCUGGGUGCCGGUGCCUAUAGCAUGAGUGAUGUCCUUGCAUUGCCCAUUUUUAAACAAGAAGAGUCAAGUCUGCCUCCUGAGAAUGAGAAUGAAAUCCUCCCUUUCCAGUAUGUGCUUUGUGCUGCCACCUCUCCGGCAGUGAAGCUCCAUGAUGAAACCCUGACCUAUCUUAAUCAAGGACAGUCUUAUGAAAUCCGAAUGCUAGAUAACAGGAAACUUGGAGAACUUCCAGAGAUUAAUGGCAAAUUGGUGAAGAGUAUAUUCCGUGUAGUGUUCCAUGACAGAAGGCUGCAGUACACUGAACAUCAGCAGCUGGAGGGCUGGAGGUGGAACCGACCCGGAGAUAGGAUCCUUGACAUAGAUAUCCCAAUGUCUGUGGGUAUCAUCGAUCCUAGGGCUAAUCCAACCCAGCUAAACACAGUGGAGUUCCUGUGGGACCCUGCGAAGAGGACAUCUGUGUUUAUUCAGGUUCACUGUAUUAGCACAGAGUUUACUAUGAGGAAACAUGGUGGAGAAAAGGGUGUGCCAUUCCGAGUACAAAUAGAUACCUUCAAAGAGAACGAAAACGGGGAGUAUACUGAGCACUUACAUUCAGCCAGCUGCCAGAUCAAAGUCUUCAAGCCCAAAGGUGCAGACAGAAAGCAAAAAACAGAUAGAGAGAAAAUGGAGAAAAGAACGCCUCAUGAAAAGGAGAAAUAUCAACCUUCCUAUGAGACAACCAUACUCACAGAGUGUUCUCCAUGGCCCGAGAUCACAUAUGUCAAUUCCCCAUCACCUGGUUUCAACAGCUCCCAUAGCAGUUUUUCUCUUGGGGAAGGAAAUGGUUCACCUAACCACCAGCCAGAGCCGCCCCCUCCAGUCACAGAUAACCUCUUGCCAACAACUACACCUCAAGAAGCUCAGCAGUGGUUGCAUCGAAACCGUUUUUCUACAUUCACAAGGCUUUUCACCAACUUUUCAGGGGCAGAUUUAUUAAAACUAACUAGAGAUGAUGUGAUCCAAAUCUGUGGUCCUGCAGAUGGAAUCAGACUUUUUAAUGCUUUAAAAGGCCGGAUGGUGCGUCCAAGGUUAACCAUUUACGUCUGUCAGGAAUCAUUGCAUUUGAGGGAGCAGCAGCAGCAGCAGCAGCAGCAGCAACAGCAACCGCAACAGAAGCAUGAGGAGGGAGACUCAAAUGGUACUUUCUUCGUGUACCAUGCCAUCUACCUAGAAGAACUGACAGCUGUUGAGUUGACAGAAAAAAUAGCUCAGCUUUUCAGCAUUUCUCCCCGCCAGAUCAGCCAAAUUUACAAGCAGGGGCCAACAGGAAUCCAUGUGCUCAUCAGCGAUGAGAUGAUACAGAACUUUCAGGAAGAAGCCUGUUUUAUUCUGGACACAAUGAAAGCAGAAACCAAUGACAGCUAUCAUAUUAUACUGAAGUAGGAGUGGGGCAUUCCAUUGUCAGUGGCUGCUGCUUCCUUCACCUCUUGAAAACUGCCUUCUGCAAGGGGACGUGAAUGGAGAAUGGACUGAAGGAUCUGCAGGAACCUGGCUCGUCUGACUGUGUUGGGGAUUUAGCCCUGGAUGCAGAAUCUCAGCCUUAUAUGUUAUUGCCCCAAGUUUCUCAGCACACACAGAUUACUGCCCAAAGUGGAACUCUGCAGUUAUCUUGCAGUUGAAAUUCUGGACUUUGUUGUCAAAUAUCCAUAAGAAUGCCACAUCAUGUAGGGUUAUGUAGGGCAUAGUGAUGAUGGGAAUUGUGUGAUGUUUAAUAGAAAAAUGGUAAAUUUUGUGAUAUGGAGCCAUAUACUGUUUUUCUAAUAUGAAAAUGAACAUCUAUAUUCAUAAGACUGGGUCCUCAAUCUCUUUUACAUCAAACGCAUUGCCAUUUCUGCUUUUUAUGCCACAGUUGGCCCCUGAAAACUUCAUCAAUGAGGAGAGAUACAGACAGAAUUUUUCUUUUGGUUCACCUGGUAUACUACAACUAAUGGUUGUUUGGGCUAAUAUUUGAGCCAGGCUGUGUGGAUAAGUCUCUACAUGGAUCAUCUUUCUGCAGCACUGUAAUAACCCCGUAUGAAGUAGGCACUGCAGUGAUUACUAAGUGAAGACGAGGAAACAGAGACACACAGUGGCUAAAUAGCUUGCUAAAUACCCGGCAGCUAGCCAGUAGUGAUGUUGGAAUUCAAGCCCAGACUCCCUGGCUAUUAUUCACCAUCCAGUAUUGCCAGUGCCACCUUUCCUAUCCUAUGGUCACCAGUGUUUCUUACUGUGGCUUUUCUGGGGAACUGAGGAAUCAACCAUGGAAGGAGAUAAACUAAAUAACAAACAAAUCAAAUCAAAACCUACAGAAAAUUGAAAUGCUUUUUACGUGUCAUCAGUUGUCCAGAAUCACAGAAUGUGAGGUGAUGAAAACUCAGGGCGGUUUCCCCAAAGUUAUUGUUCUUGAAUGACAUGCUCAAACUAUUUAUUUAUAAAUGAGUUAAGCUAAUCCCUGCUUUUCCCCCUGUAUAUUCUUUCGGUAUAGGAAGUUCUUUUAUCCAGGUAGUAUUCUUUUAUAUAAGCUUUACAAGAAAUUUGUUCCUGUACCAUCCACAGUCUUACCACGUUUUUGUGUUCCGAGAAUGAUUAUGUGCGGAUGUCUGUGCACACAUGUGUAAGUGUGGCUGUUUUUCAUAUGUAAAGUUUUAUCCAGAAAUUUCUUUACAGAUUAUGUUGAGAUGAACAAAGAUAAUGUUAAAAGAUUCUGUAUUGAAUUUGAAUUGUGUGUGUGUUUAAAAG